AUGAUUGAAGGUGUCUGUCCGUUUGAUCUCGGUCUACGGCAACCUGGUGAGUGGGCCAGCCACGCAAACUGCUGGAUCGGAUGGCCCGAGCGCCCCGAUAACUGGCGUCUGGGCGCUGCUCCGGCGCAGCGUGCAGUGGCGCAAGUCGUUGCCGCCAUCGCCGAGUUGGAGCCAGUCACCGUGGUGUGCUCCGCAUCCGCCUUCAUACAAGCCUGCGCGCUACUUGUGGACCAUCCGAGCAGUCCAGGUCAAUGCGCACAGUACCCCGUUCGCGUUGUCGAGCUGAGCACGGACGACUGCUGGCUACGCGACACAGGAGCCGUUUUCGUGUGCGGUGCAGAGCCGGAGAAUGCUGCGCAAGGAGCUGGUGUCCACUUUGAUUUUAACGCUUGGGGUGGUGCACAGGGUAACUGUUAUGCGGCCUGCAGCCUCGAUCAGUUGGUGGCGAAGAAAAUGCUCCUUCUGGAACGUUUGCCGCGCUUCUGGUGCCCUAUGGUACUCGAGGGCGGUAGCAUCAGCGUGGACGGUGAGGGAACGGCCCUCACCACUGCAGAGUGCUUGCUGAAUCCGAAUCGUAACCCGACGUAUUCUCAGAACGAUAUAGAAAAACAGUUGCGUGCGUACUUGGGCAUCACCAAGGUAAUCUGGCUGCCAUAUGGCAUCGAGGGUGACGUAGACACCAGCGGCCAUGUAGACAAUAUGGCCGUAUUUAUUGCCCCUGCGAAAGUGGCGCUCCACUGGGACCCUGCAGACCACCGUUGCCAGGCUGCACAUCGAGUUUUGGCGCAGAGCGUGGACGCCUUGGGACGGUCACUCGAGGUUGUCUUGGUGCCGGCACCACCGGCGUUGUACCGGCAGCCAGAUGAAGUACCCCAGGUACAGCCUCAUCAGCCGCAUCCGGAGCAUGCCGAUACAUCAGAACCAGGCGCCAGCGAUAGCGAUAGUUACCAACGCAGAGCCGGGGAGCGCCUUGCCGCGAGUUACGUCAACUUUUAUCGAGCGAAUGGAGGCAUUAUCAUGCCCGGCUUUGGUUUACCAGAGUCCGAUGAAGCCGCACGCGCUGCCUUGCAGAAAGCGCUGCCUCAGAUACAAGUCGUACAGGUCCCUGUUGCGAGGGAAAUACUUCUAGGAGGAGGUAAUAUCCACUGUCUGACGCAGCAGCAGCCCGUCAUCAGCGAGCCAAUUCCAUGGCGCUAA